UCUGAGGGAAGAAGAGGACGGGAGUUUUCAAACCUUCCCAGGCCUGGUCCACAGCGAGUAUGGAGUUGCAGUGAUCCAGUGGAUUAUUUUCUGUCCAUGUUUUCACCUGACAUGAUCAAUCUGAUGGUGACCGAAACCAACAGGUAUGUUGAGGCUGUGCGAGCUCUCAAGCUAGCAUUGAAUGCUCGCUUGAGGGAAUGGAAGCCCACAGAUGCGGCAGAGAUGCAAGUUUUUCUUGCUAUACAGAUUAUCUUAGGACUUCUGAAAAAGCCAAAAACCGCCAAUUACUGGAGUUCAGACAGUCAGUCACUGAUGUGGACAAUUUUUCCCGUGUCAUGUCCCGAAGUUGAUUCCAAAUCAUCAGCUCCUGUUUACAUUUUAACGACAACGCUUUGAGAGUUGAGAGAGAAUACCCAAACUACAACCCGCUUUUCAAACUUCAACCUCUUCUGGACAAAGUGCUGAGAAACUUCAAACGUGAGUACUACCCAUGGAAAAAUCUAACGAUAGAUGAAUCUAUGGUUUCCUAUCGCGGAAUUGGAAUCGCAAAUUUUUUUAGGCAGUACAUUCCGACGAAACGCCAUCUUUUUGGAAUGAAAAACUUUGUCCUCACUGAUGUGAAAACUAACUACACGUACCUGUGGGACGUCUACACUGGAGGAGCCUAUCAGUUCGAUAGGGCUGUGGGCAUAGGCCAUUCUGCCGUUAUCAAUCUCCUCAGAAAUGCUGGACUGCUGGAGAAGGGUCAUGUUGUUUACGUGGACAACUUUUAUUCCUCACCUGAACUGCUUCGGAGCCUUCAUAGGGCAAACACAGGGGCAUGUGGAAAAGUACGCCAAAACCGCAGAGGAAUGCCUCCCCAGCUGAAGACCCUGAAGCUAAAGCCAACAGGCCCAAUGCUAGCAGUGUCAUUUCGUGACACAGGAGUUGUCAGUGUUUUGUCAAUAGAGUAUGACACUACAGUUAUAGCAAAAAGAGCAAGGUGUAAGGGGCCCAAUGUUUUUAGGACUGUGAGAAAACCACUUUGUGUGGAAGAUUAUAAUAUUUACAUGGGUGGUGUGGACAGAGCAGACCAGCUCUGCACCUACUAUGAAUAUGGACACCGCAGUGUGAAGUGGUACCACCGGUUCUACCACCAUGUGAAAGAAGUGGCAUUAGUGAAUGCUUUUAUUGUGUACCAGGAGUGUGGCAACCCAUUGAAUGCUGUGGAUUUCAGGAAGAAAGUGGUGGAGGGGCUUUUGCAGAGAGGGAGGUCCAGGGAUGUGCAGGUGCCAUCACUUGACAUGGCAGUAGUAUCUGAACGUCUGGUGGGGCGACACUUCUUGGGGCAGAACUCGGCAUCUAAGCCAGACUGCAAAGUCUGCUCUUCUAGGAAGAGGACCAGUGAUGGGAAGAAUGGAAGGAAACAGACAUCUUUCUUUUGCCCAGACAAACCUGCCCUGUGCCCCACCACAUGCUUUGAGCUGUACCACACCAAGAUGGUCUGCAAACAGUGAUUGAUUGCUGUCCCUGGCCUCUCCAGCUGUCUGCUGGCCUAUGCAGUCAUCUGCAAGGGAAAGCAUGUCUGCAAGCAUAUGCGUGUGCAUCAUACAAGCGCAUGCGUACACACACACACACACACACACACACACACACACACACAC